GCCAUCAACAUCAAAUUGAAGAUCCAAUAAUUACUAUAUCUUUUUUUUGCAUACGUUCAUAGCAUAUUUUACGAUAUGUUCUAGAUCUAGAUAGAAAUUUUAUUACUGUUUUACUGUUUUAACACUAUGUCAAAAUAUAGCAUUUUUAGCUGGUUUCUGCUCAUCAAUUUAUGUUUCUUCAAAUUAGAAGUGGAAUGCAGUGAUAUCACAAGAUUAGCCUUUGGUGAUUUCACUGAUGGAAUGCCAGCAGCUUUUGGAGAUUUUAAUUCUGAUGAACUAACAGAUGUCUUUGUCUUGAGAGAAAAUGGUCAUACCAUGGAAAUACUACUUGCCAAUGAAGAAGAACCACUUUUACGACCUGCAAGGCCACAGCCAUUAAGUUGCCAUUUCAAUGAUCAUUUGAUUACAAGUGUUGUUCCUGGGGACUUUGAUGGAGAUGCCUUGAUGGAUAUUCUUGUAUCAACCCUUCGAAAGUCAGUUUCAACUGAUAAUGACUUGGAAAGAUCAUUCACUGAUGUCUACAUCAUUUGGGGUGGUGCAAGUUAUCUGAAUUGUAGUGUUGAAAAAAAACCUGUAUUGACAAUGAUUGGGCAGCCUUUGGCAAUAGAUUAUAAUGGUGAUAUGAUUAUUGAUUUAUUUGGUCAGGAUAUUAAGAAAAACCGCAUGUUUUGGGUCUUCAACAAAAGUAGAGAUGAUCCUAUUGAAAUUAAGAUGAAAGAUAACAGGAAUCCAAUGGCAGAACUAAUUCAGCCGCAUGCUCAUGCAUUCUUAGAUCUGAAUGAUGAUUACAUGCCAGACUUGUUCAUAACAACCAAAAACAACUUUGAAAUAUGGCUGGGAAACGAAGAGGAGCAAGAAAAGUUCGUUUUCAACAACACUAUUCCCCUCCCAUCUAACAAAGGCAAGGAUGCCGUAGUGAUCGGACAAUCCCUAUUCAUCGAUGUCGAGCUCAAAGGAAAAAUGGACUUGGUCACCCCCAUAUGUCUCGACAAGGAAUGCAAAGACAGCUAUCUGAUGCUCUACUCGCUAACCGACGGGAAAUGGGUUGAUCUCCUGGUCAAUUUCAAAGACGACAGCACCAACCUGUGGCGCUUUUAUCUCCGACCCGGCAGCAGGUACACGAACGCGAUAACUCUACGUAGCGGAGACUUCAACAUGGACGGCUACCCUGAUAUUCUAGCCACUCUGGCAAACACACAAAACGACAGCAGUCUCCCGCAGUCAUUUUUACUAGAAAACGUCCCUUGUCAGAGCGCUUGUGGCAAACUGACUCGAACGUAUGCUAUCAAAUGGAAGACCUUCAGUCCUUUGGGCAAUGGAACAGCCAUGGCUGCCUUCUUCGACUUCUAUCAAGACGGAAUCCUAGACUGCCUACUCGUAACCUACAACGGCAAGGAUUACAAGGUAGCGGCUUUCAAGAACAGCUUGGACUACGACGCUAAUUUCAUCAAGAUUAUGGUGCUCACUGGCCUGACCAACAACAACAACGCUAUGAUCAUGGGGCGUGUGGGGAAGAAGCGUCGCACCUACGGCACUAACCUUCCCGGACCUUCCAUAUCAUACACGACUACGACUCAGGAGGGGACUAUUCGACACGGGGCGGCCGCCCAGCUGCCCCAGUCUGCCCACUUCAGUCUCAACCUGCCCUACUCGAUAUUCGGGCUGGGCAGGACGCCCAAUUUCGUGGACAGGCUGACUGUAGGGCUGUCGAACCAUUCGAGAUCGUGGACGCAGAUCAUUCCCAAUUCGCAGAUGGUGGUUAUUCCGUGGCCUGCGAACGAGCCGGCUAGAUGGAAGGCGCAGCUUUUCGUAACGCCCAGUAAGUUGAUUUUGAUGUCGGUGGCGGCGCUGACUACGGUUUGCGGGCUCAUCACUGUGAUUAUCGGGGUGCUGCACUGGAAAGAGAGGCAGGAGGAUAAGAAGGAGCGGUUGUCUGAGUCGCACAGGUUUCAUUUCGAUGCGAUGUGAUUUGUUUGUUGGUUGUUUGUGGGUUUGCGAUAUUCAUGCAAGUUUGAUCAUUUGGUUUAAUUGAUGCAAAUUCACUUGAAUUUUUAGUGAGACUAUUACCAUAGGUAUUUAUUAAGAUAUAUACAUAUUUUAUGUUGUUAAUAUUUUUCAAUAGAGUAGGUAUUCAAAAUUGAGUUUGCUAUACAACAAAACUGUUAAUUUUUAUUGAGUACCUGUUUAAACUUCUGAAAUAAAAUUUC